AUGAUGCUCAAUUGGUUUGAUAUCUUGUUGAAAUACACUGUCGACGUGAUCCAUAUCCCGGGUAUUGAGAACGUGUUGCCAGAUGAUCUCUCACGUUUGUUCACUCCCGAUGAACUCUUGGAGGGGGAUAAUCAACCAUCAAAUGCAAUCAAAAUGGGUACGAUAAAAUCGAGCAAAGAUAGACUUGUAUUCCAAAUACGAAUAAUUGACAAACAGCCUAGCGAUGUGGUUACUCCACCUGAUGAUCACCGCAUGGAUGAACUUGAACGUGCACACUUGAUUAUUGGUCACGGAGGUGGUGAACAUUUAGUACGUUACUUACGACGUGAUGGCUUGGCAUGGACCAACAUGCUACAAGAUGCAGUAAAGUUGGUAAGCAAAUGUCCACAAUGCCAGAAGAUUAACAUAGCCAAGAGAGGCUACAAUCCUCUACGUCCCAUAUACGCCUACUUGCCUGGUGACCAUUGGGCUAUUGACUUGGCAACCUUCAAUCGUUCCUCGUUAACGGGUAACAACUUCUUGAUGGUACUGGUUGACGUAUGCACACGCUUUUGUAUCCUACGUGCGUUACCUGACAAAUCCUCGGAUACGCUGGUCAAAGCUCUUGUGCAAAUCUUUUGUGAUUUUGGCAUACCCCGUAUUCUCCAAUCUGAUAAUGGUGGCGAGUUCAAGAACGCAUUCAUGAGGAAGUUAGCAAGAAGUCUAGGCUUUCAUCAGCGUUUUACUACACCUUAUCAUCCUAGUGCCAACGGCAUAGCUGAGAGAUGGGUCCAAACUGCACAAGACGUCAUCCGCAAGAAGAUCGAAGGUGCUGGUAGAGACUGGGACUAUUACGUGCCUAGCACACAGCUUGAGUUGAACAUGCGAGUAUCCAAACGGUUGAAUACACCUCCCUUUACGCUUAUGUUCGCACGCAACAUGAACGAGUUUCGUGACUAUCGUGGCGACAAGAUCGAGACGGCAAAACCAAUGUCGGAAGAAGCGUUGAAAGAAAGGAUAGAGCACAUGCAAAACAUUGUGUUUCCGGCAUUGAAGGAGAAAGUGGAAGUUUACAACCAAGCGAUGAAAGAGAAGUUUGACGCAACUCAUAAAAUCAUUGAUUUUCCUGAAAAAAGCCACGUCAUGGUAAGAGUGCAAUCACGAGGUAGUAAGUUGGCGCCUGCUUAUGAAGGUCCUUACACCGUGUUACGUAAGACACAAGGUGGCACCUAUGUGCUGCAGGAUGAAACGGGUGCUUUGAUGUCACGCAAUUAUGUACCUUCAGAGCUCAAGCUUAUCUCCCAGGAUGAUGUCGUUCCUAUCGAUGAGUUAUAUGAGGUGGAAGCAAUUCUCAAUCAUCGAGGACAACCUGGUAAGCGUCAAUACCUUGUAAGAUGGAAAGGAUACGGGGAAGACGAGGAUUCAUGGCUCGACCCGGAUGCAUUCACAGAUCCUGAUUUCAUUUUACAAUAUUGGAAAAGACGCAAUGAGCAAGAAGAGGAUGCACCAGCUACACUCAUCCCCAAGAAACGUGUACCAAAACGUAAGUUGCACAAUCCUCAACCUAAACGACGCAGCAAACGCGUUAAGCGUUCGUCGGCAUAA